GGGCAAGGUCCAUGGUCAUCGCGUAGUACAACCGCGAUGAGGCCGGGCAAGGCCUGAGAGUUCAUGUCAGUUAUGGCUCGGGGUGACUCCGCUCGUUCGAAUAGGAUCUUGCCUUUUGGAUUUCCCGUGUCCAAGUCCUGCUUUUAUGCUCAUGCGUCUUGGUUCUGUGCGAGUCAAAAAGCCGGAAUGGACUCGAGUCCUCUCAUUCGCGGCUUGCCAAUUGCCACGAAAAUCCGAUUCGGCUUCGUUGCUCAUGGAACCGCACCUCCUUCAAGGGCCCUUCACAAGACAGACUUCAAACCACUCCAUUGCUUUUUAUGCAGUCUGGGCUGAGCUGUCAUUGGUGGCACUGAUCUCGAGAGCUUCUGCUUCCAAGUGCGUCAACGAAAGCCAGGAGAACCACUCAUCAGCAAAUACUCAUAACUUCAAGCCGAGAUCUCAGCCGUGUAGCUACCGCGAUUCUUAUGUGUUGUACAUCUUGUCUAAACACAAGGGGGUAUCUUCGUUGAUGGAUCCAGCCCAGCACCCUUCGUGGCCUGAACGCUAAACGCUAAAGAGAAAGCCUCCGCUCCAAGCAGCUUGUGUACAAUGUUGAAAUAUGGGGCGGAGCAAGAAAAGGGAGUCAUGGACGUGUGCGGAUGGCCCGUCCCCGCGAGGAGACGCAGCCAUCAGAGAAACAAAAAGGUGGUACAUGAGU